AUGUUUUCUCACAUUGUCAACUCCAAAUACUGCGCAGAUAGAUCGGAAAGGCAGUCCCGGUCGUGGCGGACGGACGUUGCCAGCGAAAGGGAUACGGCCCUCGAAUUUCUGGGAACGCCGUUGCUUACGGCCUUUGCCCGGGUCCUUAUCAACCACCAGAAUGCCACGGGCAACAGGUUCAUUGGCAAAAUUAUGAUCAAGCCAUCGGAACAGAUGGGCAGAAUUUGGGAUGCGGUUAUCAUGCUGGGCAGGCGGCCGCAGAAUGAUGAAGCACCGGCAAGAGAGCAGCACCAGCCAGAGGGUAAAAAGUUACCCAUGAUUCCAUGA